UGUGGGUUUAAAGAGUCGACUUGUUAGUUGUAGCAAGUUGAGCAAGUUGCUGUACAUAUAUCCUGCUUGGCUGAAAUAUAAAUGUCGAAAUUCGAAGUGAAUGUAUCAAUACAAAUUUUUACAUGAACUAAAUGUGUUGGAGAUCGUGAAUACGAAAGAUACGAAACUAUGUCAGAACUAUUCGAAGCACCUGAAAGAGUGAUUAUUCCGGAAGUAGAAUGAUUGGAUACCUCUUUCGCGUAUAUAAAUGAAAGCGAUGAAUACAUACAAGAAAACAAUUCUUCAUUAUGCCGCUGAGCGUUCCUCAAUAGAAGAUUGUGAGUUUUUUGUUGAACAUGGUGCUGAUGUAAAUUCAAAAGAUUGGGAAUGUAAAACUCCUCUUCAUUAUGCUGUCAUUUCGUGCUCAUUCGUAAUUGUCAAGUGCUUAGUUAGGUAUGGUGCUGACGUGAAUUGUGUAAACACUUGGGGAAAAUCAGCUCUUCACUAUGCCGCUAAAUCAAAAUCGUUGAAAAUCGUUAAAUAUUUAGUGACACAUGGUGCAUGUGUAAAUUGUAAAGAUUCGAUGAACGGAACCGCCCUUCACGAUGCGACCAAGCUUGGCUCGUUGGAAAUUGUAAAGUAUUUAGUUGAACACGGUGCGGAUAUAAAUCCUCAAGACAAGAGAAAGAGCAUUCCUCUUCACUAUGCUGUCAGAUCAAAUUCGUUGGAAGUAGUAAUUUUCUUAAUCGAAAACGGUGCCGACGUAAAUUGUGAAGGUUGGAUGGACGGAGUUGCUCUUCAUGAUGCUGCUAAACUUGAUUCAUUGGAUAUUGUAAGAUAUUUAGUUGAACAUGGUGCUGAUGUGAAUUGUAAAGACGGGGAGAGUAAAACUGCUGUUCAUUUUGCCGCUAUGUCCUGUUCAUUGAAUAUUGUCAAGUAUUUAUUUGAUCAUGGUGCGAUUAAAACUUGCAAGGAUAGAAAAAAUAGAAAUGCCCUUCACUAUGCCGUUAAAUCAAACUCAUUUGAAAUUGUCCAAUAUUUACUUCAACAUGGUGCUGAUGUGAAUGGUAAAGAUUGGAAGAAUGGGACUGCUUUACACUAUGCUGCUAAGCCUGGUUCAUUAGAAUUUGUAACAUGUUUAGUUGAUCAUGGUGCUGAUAUAAAUGCCACGGACAUGGAGAACAAGACUGCUCUUCACUGUGCUGUGCGAUCAGGUGCAUUAGAAGUUGCUAAAUAUCUAGUUAAACAGGGUGUAGAUGUCAACACUAGGGACACAAGUAAUAGAACAGCACUUCAUUUUGCUGUGAUCUCUAAUUCAGUGGAUAUUGUCAAAUGUUUGGUUCAAGGCGGUGCUGAAGUGACAUGUGAAAACACCCAUGGCGGAAACACUAUUUUAUUUUUGGCCUGUAAGAACGGAGAUCACUUAAUCGUUGAUUACCUUCUACAAGGCGAAGCUGUUAAAGACAUAGAUGGGUACGACAUGGAUUCCGUUUCUCCUUUGCGUAUAGCUUGCAAGUUAGGAAAUACUGCAGUUGUUCGAACAUUAAUAAAGUUCAACGUUGAUAUAAGAAGAGAGACCAGUUUGAAAUGUCAAAAUAGUGAAAUUAUUCGAAUUUUGAAGUUCGAGUUGAAGAAGUCCUUGAAACAUCGCGAGAAAAUUCGAUUUUUAAAGUCACUGGUCGAUAAAGAAUUGACACAGGUUGGGUAUCCAUUAAAGUUAUUUUCCCCAAAUAAAACCUUGUUGUUGGGAGCUGGUUCUAUGGGAACAUUUGUAUAUGUUGGGAUUCUAGAAGAUGGGACCGAAGUUGCCGUAAAGAGGAUGUUAAUACAAGCGUCUCAGACAGCUGCUGAAAACGAAAAACGGAUUCUGAGUUUAAUUGAUUCAUCUUUUGUAGUUAGUUAUCGAACUUUUCUUAAGGAUGACACCUUUAUGUAUUUGAUUGUUGAUCUCUGUGAGGAAACGUUAAGAGAAUACGUUCGAACACGAAGUGUCCAAUUUUUAGGGCUACACGGUCAGCGAAUGGUGAAAGAAAUCUUAACUGGUUUAGAAUUUCUUCAUAAUCAGGGAAUUUUGCACCGAGAUCUCAAGCCAUCAAAUGUCCUUGUCGAUGUCAACGGUCACAUGAGAUUGACAGAUUUUGGAUUGAGUCGGGUACUAAAUGAAGAAGAAACCACAUUUCACACUGAUCCGAAAGGAACCAAUGGUUGGAUGGGUGUGGAAGUGAUUGAGGCAAUCAAUCAUGGGGGAAUAUGUGAUUUUAAGAAAAAAUCUGAUAUUCAAGUUGCAGGUAUGAUUGCCUUUUUCAUAUUAACUAAAGGCGAGCAUCCGUUUGGAGAAAAAGUGGAUCGAAUGAGGAAUAUCGGCAGAGGAAAUCCGGUGAAUUUGAAGAAACUUAAAGACCGUAAUGCACGACAAUUUGUCGCAUUGUUGAUCAGUCACAAACUUACGGAUAGACCUUACGCACACGAAGCAAUGAACCAUUCAUUUCUGAAGCAAAUAGUGAAUUACGAACCGCAACCCAAACUUUCCCUAAUUGACGAAUAGUUUUCAUCUACACGACGUGCUUUAAAGGCAGAAACAUUUUUUACAUUUUUAGUGAAAAGCUGCUCCUUUUUGAACAGAAAAGAUUUUUUAUGUAAACAUUAUACGCGUUGGUGAAUUAGUGUUUUCCAUUCGUUCUGAUCGUAAAAUACUGUCGUGCAUGCAACGAAUGGGAAUUUCGUUUUAGACCAAUCAGCAAGUUUGUUCACAUUUUUACUAACCCAAUCAGAAUGCAUAAAUUGUGACCAGUAAAAAAGUACAUUAUCUUCCAUUUUACAUCAAGUAUUAAAAAUUUAGGCAUUCUGAUUGGCUUUGCCUGGAAAAUGAUGAAGGUGUAUGUAUAUACAUCAGGUGUCCCGUGAACUAUGAAAACGACCUAGAUUUAAUUCGUAAUGAAUUAGAAGCUCUUUGUUCGGAAUAAAACAAGAGGCAAAGAUUUGUCCACGGCCCCAUGAGUACGCAUUUCAUCCGUGCCCGGCUUUUGUUUUGGAAGCCUGAGCACUAAUAAUAUUGGGCACGGGUACCCAUUUUAGCCGUGUAAACAGGGCUUUGGUCAUGCAAUUUCACCCUUUCAUUGCCAGAAACAUUAAUGCCAUAGCCACAGUUUAGGGAAUGAACAGUAGGGCCACCGCUCAAGUCUUAUUAUACGGAUAUUUUAUUACGCAUAACAUUACCAUAUUCACAGCCAGUCGAUUGUAUUUUCCAGAAAAUCAGAAAUUAAUCAGCUGGUUAGCGGCAGUCAGUAACUGAAUAAAAAUACAGCACCGCCGGGUGGCCUGGUGAAGUGGCACUACUGUUCACAAGAAAAUCCAUUUCAUUGUAAUUCAAAGACCCGACGGAAAGUCCGGCUUGGACAACCGGCAUGUGCUCCUGUAUGGCUUGUUUAGUUCUUGUAAUGUUUUGACUGCAAUUUUGAUUGUGAAGUUUAUGGUGCUGUGAUGCGGUGCAGACGUCUAUUUUUGAGCUCCGUCUAGAGUAAACUAAACUAAACACCAGGAAAAAUCUCCUCUGGAUCGGAACGGAUUGGAAAAUUUCCUUUGUCGU